UUAAAAACAAGUGUUGUUUCGAUGCAUACAUUGAUUUGUAAACCAUUUGUAAACUAAUCACUCGUUUUGUUUGUAUUAUAGUUUGUAGUCUUCAUGUGAUUUACCACUCAUUUGUCGCUCAAAUCAACGAUCAAUUAGUGUCUGGUAUCGCAUCACCCGUUGAUAGCAAUGAUUCAAAUCAAAGUGAAAACUUUGGACUCAAAUAACUAUGACUUCGACGUCGACGACAAUAUAUCGGUGAAGGAGUUCAAGCGGUUGAUCGCCGAGAAGGUGGAUAUGGCGGCCGAUCUCCAGAGACUCAUCUUCUGCGGCCGAGUCCUCGACGACGAGAAACUCCUCAAAGACUACGAGAUAAACGACGGAAAAGUGGUUCAUCUGGUGAGGAGAGCGCCUCCCGGUGUGGGCGGCGGCAACACAUCCCGGAGCGGCUCGGGAUCCGCGCCCUCCAGCUCUCAGUCGAGUCCACGACACCCACACAGACGUCGCGGCGCACCGCCGAUGGGUCGCAAUGGGGGCGCCGGUGGUGUCGGUGCCGGCGCUGAUGACAACUCCUACCUGUUGGGCGCCUUUUCCAUACCGCAGGAGGCCUUCAAUCCGAAUCACUUCCAGCAGAUGCUG